UGCAAUAAAAGAAUGACGACCAAUGGAUCGGAUCAUGGUCACCCUUGCUCGGUGUUGUUUGAGCUACGAAUCAUGAGUUGUUGCGCUAUGAGAUAGAAAGUGAAUCUUUCCCCACCAGUUUGAAAAACAAUCAAACCAUCUAGAGGCAUGCCGAGAUGGAUGAAGGGCCCGUUGAUGGUGGGGUGCUGAAUCGAGUACAUGACCUCCCAGAAUCUGCCAUUAAGAUGUGGGGGUGCCAACAAUAUUUAUUAUCUGGCUAAUUUCAAGUUUGGUCACUACAAUUACAAUAAAAGUUCACGUUUGUCACUAAGAAUAUUGACUUUCAUGUAAUCUCUUCCAAGUUCCAAUUCUAUAUAACCAACAAAAUUGGUUUGACUCAUAAAUAAUUAUUAAGAAAAAGUAAAAAUAUGCAUCAGUGAUCCUUUAGUAAUUGGGCCCAAAUAUACCAGGCACCAAUAUAAUAUUGGCCCAAAAAAUUAGGGUAACGGUGUUUUUCUUCCUACUGGCUCCGUGCCGUACAUGUCCGAUGAGUCCGAGCGAGGAAAGCGCUGCGUUACAGACUCCUAACGCGCUUGUGCUACAUUGACCGAGUUCCGAAAGUUAAAAAAAAAAAAAACCUAACCGGAACAUAUCUUCUUUUUCUGCCCACCCUAAUCGAAAAAAAUUCAGUGGGAUACCAAUCGCACCAUCGUGAUGGCGGACGCGUGCGAGAUGGAAAAAUUGGAUUUGGGAAAGGCAACUUCCGGCGCCGACGGCGACAAACAAAUUGCAGGUUCGCAACAGAGGGAACUGCUGGAUGAAUUAGUGGCGGAGAUUCUUUCCCGCAUGGGGACGCUGAACGAAGCCGUGAGAUGCAGCAGCCUCGUGUGCAGCCGGUGGAGGAACACGUGGCGCUCAAUUUGCGGCGGGGUUCUGGAUUUCGACGAGUUCAAUGAGGCGCUAAUUCGGAGGAGGCACGAUGGCGCCGCCGACGACGAAGAGAAGAACCGGUUCGCAAAUCGGGUCGACCAAGCCCUGAGCUGCCUUGUUCAUCAUCAAAACCUGGACGCCCUGAGAAUCGGGUCCGACCUGCUGGAGAUGGAUCGAGUCGGGAGAUGGCUAGAAUUCGGGCUGGCCAAAAGAGUCAAACAACUGAGCCUAUGGUUCUACUACUUUUUCUCUUCCCACUCCCUCGGUCUCACCUUCUUCACCCCUGAAUUCCUCGCCAAGCACGACCUCCGCCGCCUCGAGUCCUUGGAACUGUACGGCGUGUCGUCGAUUUCUCAACGAGCCGUCGACCACAUCCUGUCCGAGUCCAACUGUCCGUCCCUGCGGUGCUUCCUCCUCAACAGUUGCGUGUUCCAGAAGAUUAACGGGGGAGAUGCCGUUCUGAGACUUGGUUCCAGCAACGUACUACAACGUUUGGAAUUCAACGAACUUGCCAACGUUGCCAGAGUAGAGCUCAUCUCUGCCCCGCGUCUCCUCGAUUGCUGGCUGAGAGGAUUCUCUCUUUCGCAGGUGGAGUUUGGGGAUGGUAUUCCUCAACUUCGAGACGCGGUGUUGUGUUGUAGACAAGGCUUGUUGCUUCAGUGGCCGUCUCGCGAUCAAUUCGACAAGAUCGCACCUCGAUUGAGGAACCUCUCGAUCGAAGUCGUUGGUUCUGACCUCCUCCCCAACCCUGCUCCUCCGCCAGAGUGGUUGGUGUUCAAGAAGCUUACAACAUUGGGUCUGUUCGUGCACGUAAAACGUGCGCCUCCGAGUUUCUUGGAAUGCACUCUCCUGUUAAGAGCGGCUCCAGUGUUGCAUAAGCUAGCCAUAUGGUUCGGCGAUUUAGAUGGCGAGGGUGAGCCGAGAGGAUGGGAGGGGUGGGACUCGGAUGCAGCUCGGUCUUCGACGUGGAAGCAUCACUCUCUAAGGGUGCUUGAGCUGCACGGGGUGCAUCCACGUUGUGGAGCUGUCGAUUAUGUUCGCAAAAGCGAGCUGGAGCUUGCUGCUAACAUCAUCAUGAACUCGCCCUCUCUGAGCCGAGUCGUUAUCGAUACUCGUCGUCGAGAGUGGCUCCAUGGUUUUCGUGGCCUGAUCAGGUUUUCCCAUACAACUGAAGCUCUUAGAGGUGAAAUCAAGAUGGAGUUGGAAACUCAACUUCAAGGCUGCUCUGCUACCUCCCGCAUUCACUUCACUUAUCAGUGAUAACGAUGGUAACUUGGGAAGAAAGAAAACUCUAUCGUGGACAUGACAAGGAGGUUUUUUUUUUGUUGCUCGUUUUAUUUUCUCGAUCUUGGCACUUCUUUGUUUCGGUUUGAUAUAGUUUUGUUUUUGGACUUUUUUUUAGAAGGGGUCGGUUUGAUAUAGUUUAUUGAAAUGUGCAGCCUGUUUUUUAGAAGAAAUUAUCAGUUUCAUUAGUUGUUAAUCGACAUAACUACAAAUGUUACAGGGCAGGCCGUAUCUUUUCUACUCUAUGUUCUUUUUUCCCACCAAUCCUCCUUCUCCUCCCCCAACGUGAGGUAAAUGGUAGUGUUGGAUGGCGGAUGCCUCGAUGGAGGAGCUACAAAGAUAGAGAGGGAAAGGGAUUCAGCAUGAAGAUGGAAUUUUUUUUUAUAAAACUAAUUUUUGAAA